UGGAGAGCGCGCGAGUGGGGCGGGAUCUCGGGGGAAGCCGUCCUUCCAUUGGACGGCCCGGAACGGCGGCGCGAAGUCAGGGGCGGGGCCAACGAGGGGGCUACCUUGGCAACCACCGAGCAGACUGGGCUGCGCCAGGGUCAGAGCCGCUUCAGGCAGCGCGGAGCCCCAUCUCCUGCACCAUGGCAUCUAACUAUCGACCAAGUACCAGUCAGCGAAAGAAGCCUAAUGUAAAAGUCGAAUUGACUGAGGAACAGAAACAAGAAAUUAAGGAAGCCUUUGACUUAUUUGAUGUUGAUGGGUCUGGAAGCAUUGAUGUGAAGGAACUGAAGAUUGCAAUGCGUGCAUUAGGCUUUGAGCCAAAGAAAGAAGAAAUUAAGAAGAUGAUUGCGGAGAUUGACAAAGAAGGAUCUGGCACCAUCAACUUUGAAGACUUUUUCGCCAUGAUGAGUGUGAAAAUGAGUGAAAAGGAUGAAAGAGAAGAAAUUCUGAAGGCCUUCAAAUUAUUUGAUGACGAUUGUACAGGAAGUAUCACCCUCAAAAAUAUUAAGAGGGUCGCUAAGGAGUUGGGAGAAAAUUUAUCAGAUGAUGAACUUCAGGAAAUGCUGGACGAAGCUGAUCGUGAUGGAGAUGGAGAAAUAAACGAGCAAGAGUUUUUGAGGAUGAUGAAAAAAACCACCCUUUACUGAUGCUAAUUCUUCUGUAACUGUGUCCAAAAGGUUGUUACUUUUUAUUGUUCUAUGCUUUAAUCCCUCCAUAUUGGCUGUCUCACUCUUUAGAUUAUACUGAUGGGGUUGUACCUUGUGGCCAGCUCUGGGGACACGAGAAGACUGGCUCCCAGGAACCCGGCCUGCCUCUUAAGAAGGGAGGACUAAUUAAUGGCAAAGCCCAGCUUGAAAUCCCAGGUCAAAGAUACAAAGCUUUCUUCCCUUUUCUCAUCUCACUGAUCCAGGGCUCUAAGAGCAAUAGGCCAAGAAAGAUUUCCCAACAGAAUUCCCCAAGGAAUAAAUGAACUUUUGUUUCCUUUUCUUUGCACAAAUUUAAAAGUAGAUAGCGAACUUUUUGUUCUCACUAAAAAUAGUUGUUCGUUUGUAUAGGGUGUGAAAUAAAACUAUAUUGCAAGGAUACUCUUAUCAA